CUUCUUCAUCCUACGCCACAAGUCCAUGAACAAACAGUCCAUCUACGUGUACUUGAGCAUCCUCGCCAUCUUCGACAGCCUGGUGCUCUAUGUUGGACUCCUGAGACAGUGGCUGGGUGAGAUCACAGGUUCGGAUCUCAGAAACGGCAACAGUUGGUGCUGUAAGGGCAUCGUGGUGGCCGGCUACAUCUGCAGCGACGUCUCUGUGUGGCUGAUAGUGGCCGUUACCGUGGAGCGAUACAUCGUCGUCUGCCACCCCUUGCGAGCAUCUUACUUCUGCCAGGAGGUCAGGGCUAAGAAAGUAGUUCUGGCCAUCAUUCUACUGUUUAUCCUCAUCAAUUUCCAUCUGUUCUUUAGCGUGGACGUACAGAAGCACGCGGACAAUGCCAAUGGCAUCUAUGAGCUUAAAUGUGACCCUAAUCCAGGGUUCGAAUACUUAGUGUCGUUUGUGUGGCCUUGGGUGGACGCCUUGCUCUACGGAUUUGGGCCUUUCGUUCUUAUCAGCAUUUUAAAUGUUGUUAUUCUCGCUAAGAUCUGCACUGCCAACAGUCUACGGAUUCGACUCCUUGACGGCCAACGUCCGGCCCAGACCGACAACCAUUCAUCUACCGACUCCGGAAAUGUCCGCAUGACGGUCAUGUUGCUGACAGUGUCCUUCACCUUUCUGCUAACCACUCUCCCAAUGAACAUCUCCAAUAUCGUGGCUAGUAUCUGGUUCAACACGCCGUCCAACAGCAACCAAACCCGAUCAAAGGGAAUCCUCUUCGGUACUCUAGCAUCUCUGCUAAUGUAUCUAAACCAUUCGAUCAACUUUCUACUCUACUGUGCUACCGGGCGGAAAUUCCGGCAAGUCGCAACACGCAUGCUGUGGAUCAAGAUUCGACGGAGAAAGCGCCCGGCAACCGACCACAGCAACCACAUCUUCUGUUCCCGCCUAACUGCCACUGAGACUCGGAGAUCUAUCAAUAGUGCAGAGACCCAGUUGUAG